AUUGCUAUUGUCCUGAUCCCAUAUCCAGUUUUAGAAAUAUUUCAUUUAGUAAAGCCAGCAUCGAAACGACUGCUGAGAAAUUUCUUGUCUCCGCCGCAGACGAAGAAAAACAGCUAACACGUGCAAAUUCGGAGUCAGACACUUUGACCGUUUCUGGUAAAUUUGCAUCUUAUGUAGCUGCAUGCACAUUCAAUGAAGGUGCUGGUGCUCUUCUUACUUUUCUGUCUGACAUGGACGGCAGUGUCGGCCCAAGCGCUCACGAGUAUGCAUCAUCUACGGACAGCAAUCGCAUUGAUAGGGCCGAGUUUCAAGCUGUGCAGCAGAGCAAAGAAGCCAGAAUAAAACGAAGACUUAAAAAAAAAAACAGGCUGAAGACAUCGACAAUGCUGAAGGAUGUAUGCUGUAUGGAGCUGGAAUUGAUGAUUCUGUAUAAUUUCCGGCCGAGUUACAGUGAACACCGCAAAUUGUUUUUUUUUCAAGACGUCCUGGGGGAAGCUCUGUCACGGGCUAAUGGUUUAAUAUUUUUGCAUGAAAAAUUUACAGCACGUAGUCAAAACUAUGCUCAAUAA